GAAGCCGACUCUUGUUUACAGCAGAGAUUCCACGGAGGAGCGAGGACCGGCCGCCUGCUUUCGCCGAGACAUUUUCCAGCCACUGGAUCUACACACACCGUGGGAAUAUUCUCUCGCUUAUCUCACGUUUUUUUUUUUAAAUCUCCACCGGGAUCGACGGGAAAACAAAAACCCCGCCGUGUUGGUCGCGCGACUCCUCGGACGUGGUCUCCCUCCCACCCCGGCCCAGGUCGUCUCGUUCGUGGAGACCCGUUCUGUUGCGUGGCACCAGCCUAGUGUUUUCUUUCGUGUGAGUCCGGUCCGAGGCGCCGGAGAAGCCAUUUGAAUAGCGACUGCGGAUGAGUGGCGGGGAGGUUUGACGAGCUGAUCAUUAAUUCCCAGCCUCCCGGCCACCACCCCUGUGGAUCUGUUUUCUUUGGACCCCCUCACAUUCACACACACGGGGGGCUCCGCGGCUGCGGACCAUGGCCGCGCUGUAGGCUGCUGUCCACCCUGAGACGCUCUCUGUCUGAGCCUCCGUCUCCUCCCGAUCGUCCGCCGGCCUGCUGUUUUCCAGAGAUGGAGACUGAAGAUGGGGAUUACCAUCAUGUAUCCAGUGAAACCAGCGGUCUGUGUGCCACGGCAGCCCACGUCAGAGCAGCUCGUGGUCGGCUGCAAUAGCGAGCCAUCGAACCAUCUUUUCUAAUCCACAGGACUCACCUGUGCUCACCUUUUACAUUCAUUUUGGAUCAUUUACCGACUGACAAAUCUCCAGUGGGAUUCGUUUUUUACCUUUUACGGACCUUUUUUUUUAAAUAUUUGAUUUGUCCAUUUUGUGGAGUAAUGUUCAGGAAUAUGGGACCCCACAUAGCGACCUUGUUUUGGGGCGUGUUGCUCACUGUCUUCACUGUCGGCGUGUGGCCCACUACUGCAGAGAUCUGUGGGCCCCAUAUUGACAUCCGAAAUGACAUAAGUCAGUUCAAGCGUCUGGAGAACUGCACGGUGGUGGAGGGCUUCCUUCAGAUCCUCCUCAUCGCCGACAAGACCAACAACGCCCACCAGGAAGUCUUCCGCUCCCUCAGCUUCCCGAAACUGACCGUCAUCACUGACUACCUGCUGCUGUUUCGAGUGUCAGGCCUGGACAGCCUCAGCGUGCUCUUCCCCAAUCUGAGGGUCAUCCGCGGACGCAACCUCUUCUACAACUAUGCCCUGGUGAUCUACGAGAUGACCAGCCUGAAGGACAUCGGCCUUUACAACCUGAGGAACAUCACCCGUGGGGCUCUUCGGAUCGAGAAGAACCCGGAGCUCUGCUACCUGGACUCGGUGGACUGGUCGCUCAUCAUGGACGCCGAGGUCAACAACGUAAUCAGUGAAAAUAAAAAGGCUAAGGAGUGUGCCAACGUCUGCCCCGGCGUCAUGCAGAAGGACGCUUUCUGCAAGCAGCCCAUGUUCAAUAACAAACAGGAGUACCGCUGCUGGACCUCCAAACAGUGUCAGAAAGUGUGUCCGGAUCACUGCAGACUUGCCUGCACAGACCGGGGUGAAUGCUGCCACCCUCAGUGUCUGGGCAGCUGCUACGAACCCAACAACGACAUGGCCUGCUCUGCCUGCCUCCACUACUACCACGACGGGCGCUGCGUGCAGGACUGCCCUGCAGGCACCUACAAGUUUGAAGGCUGGCGCUGCAUCACCAUGGAGGUCUGCUCCAAAGUGCACGACGAUGCUGGGCCGGAUAGUGUCCAGUUUGUCAUCCACGGUGGAGAGUGCAUGCAAGACUGCCCCUCUGGAUUCACAAGAAAUGAAACUAACAGGAUGUUUUGCAGCGCAUGCAUCGGUUGGUGCGAUAAGAUCUGCAGACCUCAUCCCAUCGACUCAAUGGAUGCCGUUCAGUCCCUGAAGGACUGCACCGUCAUCGAAGGCAAUCUGAACAUCAACAUACGGCAGGGAGAGAACAUUGCCUCGGAGCUGGAGAGCUUCAUGGGAUUGAUUCACACAGUGACAGGCUACGUGAGGAUUCGGCACUCCAUCACCCUUGGAUCGCUGUCUUUCCUCAAGGGUCUGCGCUACAUCAAUGGAGAGGAGCUCUCUGAGAAGAUGUAUGCCUUCUCAGCCAUCAACAACCAGAACCUUCAAUCCCUGUGGGACUGGAGUCAGCACAACCUGACUAUCCGACAAGGCCGUCUUUUCUUCCGUCAGAAUCCCAAACUGUGCUUGUCUGAGAUCCACAAAAUGUGGGAGAAGACGGGAGUCACUGAAAAACCAGAAGAGGGCGACUUCCGCAACAAUGGCGAGAGAGCCAACUGUGAAAGGCACGUCCUGAAGUUCCUCUCCAACACCACAUCAAGCUACACUAUCAAGCUGACAUGGGAGCGGUAUCUGCCAGAAGGCUACAAAGGACUUAUCAGCUUCAUCGCCUACUACAAAGAGGCACCUUUCCAGAACAUCACAGAAUUCGAUGGCCAGGAUGGCUGUGGCUCCAACAGUUGGCACAUGGUUGACGUGGACUUGCCCCAGGACCAGAACACGGACCCCAAAGUCAGUCUUCAGCACCUCAAACCCUGGACCCAGUAUGCCAUUUUCGUGAAGGCCAUCACCCUGCAGGUGGAAGGCAAACACAUAGCCGGUGCUAAAACGGACAUGGUCUACAUUCGAACACGCCCUUCGUUGCCCACCAUGCCUAAAGACCCUCGCUCCUACGCCAACUCAUCCACUAAAUUGGUGGUGAAGUGGUCACCUCCAGUUUCUCCAAAUGGGAAUCUCACCUACUACCUGGUCCGCUGGCAGCAGCAGCCUGAAGACCGAGAACUCUACCAGCACAACUACUGCUCCAAAGAACUGAAGACUCCCAUCCGGAUCCCGGCGACAGGAUUCAGCGACGUGGAUGAUAACACCAAGCCCACCAAGUCUGACUUGACGGCAGAGAAAGGCCCGUGCUGCAAUUGUUCCAAGACCCCCGAGGAGAAGAACAGAGAGAAGGACAACCGCUUCUUCUUGAAAGUGUUCGAGAACUUUCUCCACAAUGCCAUCUUCCUCCCCAGACCUCCAGACCGUCGCCGCAGGGAUCUUUUCGGCAUCGCUAACAGCACAGCCCAUGGAAACGCAACCAUCGGCCCGGUCGACAACAGCACAGACGGGAUGCCUCCUGUUAGAGAGUACCCCUUCCACGAGGAGAAGAGCACCACUGAGAAUCUAGACAUCCCCAACCUGCGCCCCUUCACCGUCUACCGCAUCGACAUCCACGCCUGCAACGAAGAGGUGGGGCACUGCAGCGCCUCAGCCUUUGUGUUCUCCAGGACCAGACCUGCAGAAAAAGCUGACAAUAUUCCCGGGAAGGUCACCUAUGAGCGGAGUGAAAAGGUGCAGGGGACUGUGGAUUUGCACUGGCAGGAACCUGAAUCGCCCAACGGCCUUAUUCUCAUGUAUGAGAUCGAAUUACGACUGGGAUCUGAGCUGGAGGAACGCAAGUGUGUGUCACGGCAAAACUACCGAGAACACAAAGGAGCACAGCUGACCAAUCUGGCUUCUGGGAACUACUCUGUACGAAUCUGCGCCACCUCUCUAGCUGGGAACGGAUCCUGGACCGAAGCCAUGUACUUCUACGUACCUCCACCAAAAUGGGACGAUGGCGUUGCCUUCUAUUUGAUGAUCAUAAUUCCCAUCCUGGUGACACUUUUCAUUGCCAGCCUGACCACCAUCCUCUUUUUCAUCAACAAAAAGAGGAACAGCGACAGAUUAGGGAACGGAGUCCUCUACGCUUCAGUCAACCCGGAGUAUUUCAGCGCCGCUGAAAUGUACGUCCCAGAUGAGUGGGAGGUGGCCAGAGAGAAGAUCACCAUGCACAAGGAGCUGGGCCAGGGCUCUUUCGGCAUGGUGUACGAAGGCAUCGCUAAGGGAGUGGUCAAGGACGAACCUGAGACGCGUGUGGCCAUCAAGACGGUCAACGAGUCCGCAAGCAUGAGGGAGCGCAUCGAGUUUUUGAACGAGGCCUCAGUCAUGAAGGAGUUUAACUGCCACCAUGUGGUGCGCCUGCUGGGCGUGGUCUCGCAGGGACAGCCAACCCUGGUGAUAAUGGAGCUGAUGACCCGGGGGGAUCUCAAGAGCCACCUGCGCUCCCUGCGGAAAGAAAACGCCACCACCCAGGUUCUCCCUCCGCUUAAAAAGAUGAUCCAGAUGACGGGUGAAAUUGCUGACGGCAUGGCGUAUCUGAACGCCAAUAAAUUUGUCCACCGGGACUUGGCUGCCAGGAACUGCAUGGUGGCAGAGGACUUCACGGUGAAGAUUGGAGACUUCGGCAUGACCAGAGAUAUUUAUGAGACAGAUUACUACAGAAAAGGAGGCAAGGGCUUGCUGCCUGUCCGCUGGAUGUCUCCGGAAUCACUGAAAGAUGGCGUGUUUACUACAAUGUCUGAUGUCUGGUCAUUUGGUGUUGUGCUGUGGGAAAUCGCCACCUUGGCCGAACAGCCCUAUCAGGGCAUGUCCAACGAGCAAGUGCUCCGUUUCGUCAUGGAGGGAGGACUCUUGGACAAGCCGGACAACUGCCCUGACAUGCUGUUUGAGCUGAUGCGGAUGUGUUGGCAGUACAACCCCAAAAUGCGUCCGUCCUUCCUGGAGAUCAUCAGCAGCAUCAAAGACGAGAUGGAACCCCCGUUCAGCGAAAUGAGCUUCUUCUACAGCGAGGAGAACAAGCCGCCGGACACCGAGGAGCUGGACAUGGAGGUAGAGAACAUGAAGAACAUUCCACUGGACCCCGCAUCCAACAUGCAGCCCUCGUCUGCCGCUGCCGCCACUGCAUCAUUACUGGGAUGCUCCGCUGGGACGCCGCCGCCGCCUCCUUCCACGCAGCAGCUGUCGCCCAUGCAGGGCCCCAGUACCCCUCUGCUGGGUUCCGUCUCCCCCUCCUCCCCGGGCCCCGCCGCCUCUGCCUUGGUGUCCCCGGGUCAAUCGUUGGACAGCUCAGGACACGCGUCGGCCAACGGUCCUGUGGUGGUGCUGCGGCCCAACUUCGAGGAGAUGCAACCGUACGCACACAUGAACGGAGGUAGAAAGAACGAGCGGGCGUUACCGCUGCCGCAGUCGUCGGCCUGCUGAUAUCCGGACCGCCGCCUUCUUCUACACAGGGUAAAACCAACCUCUUGUCGGGGCCGAGACAGGACGCUCUUCUGCUGUGUGGAGGCCGAUGGUCUCUCCUUUCACAGGACUGUCACGGAAUAGCACAGAAUGGGGAGGCUCGGACUCAACACUGGGGUUCUCGCGCGGCCGCUGUGACCCUCUUGCUGAGGAAACGGCCCGGACGCAGUCAUCGAGGACGACUCGGACUUAAAGAGUUUGAAGCAUAUCUGCCAGCAAAUCCAACAGACGAGCACUUUUUUUCGGGCAAUUUCAGAGAGGACGUGGAAAUCUGAGUGUGUAUUUAUACGUAUAUGUGAUUCUCUCUAUAAUAUGGUAAAGCUUCAUUUCUAAAAAAAAAAAAAAAAAAAAAAAAAAAAAAGACUCACAGACAUGAGCUCGCUGCGCCACGUCACGCAAGGAUGCCUCAAACUAGACAAUUCUGGAUUGUUGACGUGCCGGGGACGCAGAGCCCGGCAGCUGGGGGUCAACACAGGAGGGGGCGGGGCCUAACCGAGUGUCUGCCAAACUGUUGCCAAAUCUUUUUCUUUUGUCAACGCAGGUCCUUUUUUUUCCCACUUGAGGCUGUGAUUCAGAGUUGAACACAAAAAAAAUCCUAGAAUUGCCAAAAUGCCACGUUCAAAAGGUAUCAAAGCUAACAUGGUAAUGUCAACAAGGCUACAUGGUAGACUAAGUUACUGGACAUUAGCUGAAAGAUUUUACAUUUCUCAUGCUGCAUGUUUGGGUUACCCUCAGAGGGAAGAGCAUGAAGGCUUUUAGUAAGAUGGGAAGCAGAGCGGCUGCACCCCAGUCCUCACCCUGUUUUGAUCUUUUGAUAAUCACUUAAAACGGGGUGUUGAACUCAAUCACACAAGCAGCCAAAGUUAAAAAACAAAGUCUCAAUAAUGUGCCAAAACGAAAGAGCGCCCCCUAUCCUCAUAAAGUCACCAGAUGUUUAAUCUAUUUAUUUAUUUAAUAUUUCUCACUUUUUGGGGACCGGACUCGGAUUCACAGCCUCAAACCUGCCACCGUCUUUUCAGAACAAACCUACACUGGGAUUUAUCUUCCACUUAAGAAAAGGCCUCAAAUCCAUCGACGACCUUUGACCCUGGUCCAGCGGCCUCCCUGCGUCUGUUCUUUAGCGUCUCUGCAUUUCAGCGACAUCCGAAAGGUCUUACAGUUGUUUUUUAACUGCAGGAUCUGUUUUUAUACAAAUGGUUUUGAUUUGUCACUUUGGAGAGAAAAAAAAAAAAAAAAAAAAGAUCUUUUUCAAGAUGUUUGCCUCUACGUCUGUACAGAACAAAGCUGCUAUUUUAUUCAGUUCCUCUCCUCGAUAUAUAUAUAUAAAUCCUUCAGGUUGGAUAUUCUACGGUCUCCACUACAGUCCAUUUCUCAUGUUCUUAAAAAUGAUUAAAAAAAAAAAAAAAAAAGAUAAAAAUGCAUUUUUUUUUGUCCCGGACAGGUUUUCAGUGACACUAUUGUCUUUUUAUUUUCCCCUUUUUUUGUUUGUGGAUGUUUAUAAUUAUCAUUAUUGUUAUUAUUAAUAUUAUUUGGAAUGGACACCUUAGCUCCCAGUGUGAGCGUGUACUUUCUGCACCCCCCCUUUUUUUUUGUACUCUGUCACGGCGUUCGGCGUCAGUGCAGUUCAAUCUCAGGUCAAAGUAAAAAGGCUUUUUUUUUUCUUUUUCUUUUCUUCACGCUUCCUCCUGACGCUCCCACCCGCCAUCCUCUCCCUGCUGCUGUGCCUCUUUUUGAAGUCCAGUCUUGAAAGUUCACUUCCUGUCUCCUUUUUUUUUUUUUAGGGCUAAUUGAGUUGCCUUAAUUACGCCAUCCAGCGCCACGUGUCCCGUCACCUUCCCAUGAGCAAUACUCACCGCGUCUGAUCAAACCAAAUAAAGAUGAGGCCAGGGAAGAGAAACAAGGUCUUAAAACGGAGGCAGAAUAUUGUGAAGGAUUUCUCCUCAUCUUUUUGUUUUAUAAUUAAAUGUUCACUUCUUCCACCCGUUACUUUCCUUCCUGUUAUUUAUUGAUGUCCUUUCUCUGAUAUCAGUUUGAAUCACUGUAUAAAUGCCCCUUAAUUCAGUAUAAAGGUUUUUUUGUAUGUAUUUUCUUUGGUGUCAUGACUGGGGACUUUUUGUUUUCUUCAUAUAUCUACCUCACUCUUUUGAACUAUAUGUACGAAAAGAAACGUAGAACACAUCUCACUCUUUCUCAUCGGCCUCACCCAUCAUACAGGUUGCUAGUUUAACCCCUCUCCCCCCCACACAAAAAAUAAAUCCUGAAGUCUAGAUUUUAAUGUAAAAGUUCGACCUUCAGGGAUUUUAUUUAAAUAAUAUUUAAGCCAGCUUAUUUAUUUCGUAUUUAAUUGGAUGUUUUAAGGCUUUGAACUGGUGAAUUGCGGGUAAAGGCAUAACACCACAACAAUGCAACACAAACGUCUCCCUUGCCCGUGAAAGCGUCUUCAUAUGGCGUAAUGCAUUUCCCAAAUCUGCCCACUGACUGCCAAGGCACGCAUUCACAGCAACAAAUUAGGUUCGGCAAACACACCAUGGAAAAUAUUGUGGUCAUAAUCAGGGUGUCCUCAAGUGGCGCAAUUAUGCUUUUUAAUUCCUUUUUUUCUUUUUCUUUUUUUUUUCAGGUAAAGUUGUCAUUUACAAAUAAAAGUUAAGAAACAUGUCUCUGAUGCAGCCUCAAACUUUGUUAUCAAAUUGAAAAAUAAAAAUGUAGCAAAUACAGAAGCAAAACCAGCACAAAGUCAAUGAUUAGAAUCAUACAAAGUACAUUUUCUCAACAUAAAAACUAGCUUUUCUUAAACAAAUGGGAGGAAGUAGUCUAUUUUCAGUCUGUGGAACUGAAUUUACAGUGUAGAAUGUGUCAGUGUAGCCCCAAGAAAUGUACUUCUGCUGUCAAGUUGCUAGCUUUAUUCACAAUAAUACUAGGAUAUUUCUGGUGAUGGGUGGAUGAGGUCAAAUCAGAAUACUGUUUCAUGAAACCUUAUCUACCGUUCACUACUAUUGUGGUCCAAAAAUGUUUACGUUUUAAAUUGAUCCUUUGACUAAUAUAAACCAGCCUAACUGCAGCCCUUCCCCUGCACAUUUGAGUUUGCUGGAAAAUAAAAACUAGCUGAAAUUUGAAAGAUAUUUUCAACUCUUGUAGCAACUGCUUCAUUUGCCUAAUUGGAGGGUCGGCUCUGCUUAUAGACACCCUGAUUUUAACCUCUCGUAUGAAGGGCAAGUGUACCAAAAACUGAAUCUCUGUCCUUUCAAUCCUGAAAUAAACCCCUUUCAUACCACGUAUUCCCCACAAUAGACUCAUGCAGGCAACUAGUGGAUCAAGAUGUUCAAUUCUAAAAGGGAUAUUUUUAGCCUGAGGUGCGACGUAAGACUUUUUGAGGUGAAUGCCAAGUGUUGGGGUUUUUAUCUAGAUUACGGGUAGUAAAAACAAACUAGAAAAGAGAAGGUGUUUGGGUUGUGUGACUUCACUGCAUCUUUAUCUACAGAAUGUUCUUCAGGCAAACCUCACUAACAUGCAGGGUGACUGGACGCCACCUGCACACAGAAGAGGUUUAUCGUCGUGACUUUGUUCUUUACCAUGGUUCAUGCCAUCUUCAUAACACAAUCGGGGCAAGACGUAACUUAGUUGAAUCACUCGGCUGUCUUUAUUCAAGUUCUGUUCAUGAGGACUCUAAAAGAUUUCUUCUUUUUUUUUUUUAAGUAGCUGAGACAGUGUGGCUUUUUUCUUUCUUUCUUUCUUUUUUUAAGGAAGGUGGUGUUAUCUCCAAAUGUGUAUCUGAGAAUUUCUUGUAUUUUCUUUUAUCUGAAAUUUUAAUAAAAUAAUAAUAA